AUGACCAAUCAACACCAUUAUUAUAACAAUAAUCCACAAUUAGGUCAACAAUCUCCAUUUAACAACCAAUUUCAAUUUAAUAAACUACCACAACAGAUAGAAAAUGAAAGGCUUACUUGUUUUCAUAUGUAUAGAAUGUUAAUUAAAUGGAUGACAUAUAUUUUAAUAGUAUUGUUUCUAGUCCUUUUGUUUUUUGAUUAUUUAGAGAGAAAAGGUUAUAGAGCUUAUUACACAGAACCUUUUGGAAACGUAUUUUUAAUAUAUCUCUAUAUAUAUCUAUGUCUUUAUUUCUUAUAUUUUUUAUUAUCUUGUUGUAAUGAUAAUAAAAAUAUAAUAAAAUAA